AUGGAGACGCCAUCUACCUCGGACUCUGCUUCUCGUGCGGACUGCUCUCUCCCCUUUGCCUCUUCUUCGGCUUCCUCUCCUCGGUCGAACUCUCCCGGUGCUCCUGAGUUCGUCGCUUCCUCAGUUUCUCGGCUUGACGCGCCCUCGGCUGUCGGACGUGCGCCGGAUCGGCCCAACGGGCUGGCCUCGUCAUCCGUCUCGCCUGACCAAGUUCCAUUUGCCGCGUAUUCUUCCGAAAACCCCGGUGGCCACAGGGACGCACCUCCGUCCUCUCUCCCCGAGUCGGCACUGAAGAAGCGGAGGACGGAGAAGCCGGACGCGGUAAGCCAUGCGGGGUUCCAGGCGCCCGCCUGCCAGCCCUCCAGCUCUCCUCGAAUGAACCGCGGAACCUCGGGGACGGCGACGGACGCCACGGGGAACGGAAGCGUUACCCCUCCCACGUCGCCUCCGUCGUCUCCAAAUGCGGAGUCUGGCUCUUCUCGGCCCCAGCGAAACCGGCGCGCGCCGCGGAAAUUCGAAGUCGAGGACGUGAGGAGCGACGCGUUCUUGAGGAAGGCCCUCGAGAAGUCUCGGCUGGAACGCCGUCGCGUCCAGCUGGACUGUGGGUCGCUUCCGGCAGUUCCGGAGAUCAAGUUGGCGUCCAUGGACGAAUUCCUGGUCAACCCGAUCGCUGUGUUUGAGAAACUGGAACAGUACGGCAGGGAGUUCGGCGCCGUGAAGAUCGUCCCCCCCGACGGCUGGCAGCCUCCCUUCAGUCUCGACGGCCUCUUGACUGACGAGCUGGAGUUCCACGUCCGCGUGCAAGAUGUGCACACUCUCAUGCAAGGCCAGAAAUUUCGGCACCCGCCCCAGCCGAUGCGCGCGUCGGAACUGCAGAAACUCGACAGAGAAAUGAAAGAGCGGCUGUUUGGAUGCGACGACCCAGCCGUGUCCUCCAUUGAAGCGUUCUACUGGCAGUCGGUCGAGAGCUCGAAUCCUGAGAUAACGGUGCACUACGCAGCGGACCUGAAGACAAAUGAGGUGGGGAGUGGGUUUCCGACGACCGCAGUCAGGGACAGCACCGUCAAGUCGGCGCCCGAGGGCGAGAACAAGGCGAGUGUGUAUGCGACACAUCCGUGGAACUUGACGCGACUUGCGCGAGAACACGGUUCGCUCCUUGCCUCCUACCACCGGGACGUCGCCGGCGUCACUUCCCCGUGGCUGUACAUCGGCAUGGUCUUCUCCACGUUUUGCUGGCACACCGAGGACAAUUACUUCGCAGCGUGCAACUACCACCACUGGGGCUCGCCGAAGAUCUGGUACCUUAUUCCGCCGAGCCGCGCGCCAUCCGUCGAGCGGCUGCUGCAGUCGUACUUGAGCGAGAAAGAUCCCGAGUACGUCCUCCAUUCGCUGACCGUCCAACUCCCGCCCUCGCUUUUCGUUGAAAACCGCAUCCCCAUUUACCGGGCGGAACAGAAGACCAACGAGUUCCUCAUGCUCUGGCCACGCACCUUCCACGCAGGCUUCAACACCGGCUUCAACUGCAACGAAGCCUGCAACUUUGCGCCGGCCAGCUGGCUGCCGUGGGGAAGGAAAUCGGUCUCUUCCUACCGGAACGUCCGGUCGACGUGCAUCCCGUUCCACCAGUUGCUGCUUCGCGCGACGUCCGAAUCCUCGCACACGACGCUCUCGGCUUCGCAGCUACUGUGCCUCCUUCGGGCACUCCUGGAGCUGCUUCAUGAGGAAUUCGCAGCGCGAAAAGCUGCGCGCGAAGAACGGCUCCUCUCUGUGCCGAUGCUCCUCGACUGUCGAGCGCUCGAAGCCCAGGUGGGCCCUCUACGGCGUCUCGAGGAAAAGGGGACCGCGCUCGAUGGAGUGGCUGCAGAGCUGCUCAAGUGUGCGCCGGACUUGCAGUCGCUCAGGCUCCGCGCAAAUCCGCUCCUCAGACUUCCCCCGCAGUUCUACCGGGACGUUGGCGGCCAGGGGCGACAGGGAACCGCUGCGGUGAAACCCGAGUCGAGCAGCCGUCCAGAAACUCCGUGUCACGCGUCUCGCGAGCGGAAGCGCAGACGUGGCUCGGGGAAAGCACGAGGCACCACUGAGUCGGGGGGAUGCACACCGCAGCCCGUGGAGGGACAGGCGACGGCGGCGGGCGCAGGCGCGCCAGAAAACGGGAUUCGAGACACUGCCUUGGGGCCUCCAGAUGAAGGGGAAUCCUCUGCAGAGAAGGCAGAGGGAAGCGCACACCGCCGCUGGGAGCUGAGCGAGGAAGGCGCGGAGUUUCUGAAGGCGGCCUCGACAGUAGCGUCUCUCCCCGUCAAAGACUGCGACACCUGCCGGGCGUGCUGUGCCGUCUCCUGCGUGGUCUGCCUGCAAAGUUUGGAGCAUUCCUGUUUGGAUUGCCUGGAUUCUGACGAUCCUUUGCACUCUCAAAAAAUCGUCCUGGUGCGUUUCCCCUUGCCAGUCCUGCGGGGUCUCAUCGACUUCCUGCUCGCCACUUUUUUUCGCAAAUGCGAGGAGGAAAGGGCGGCACAGCGCGACGCCGAGGCGGUGGACCAGACGGAGAACCCCGGAGAGACGCGCGGCGAGGCACUGGAAACGGCGACGGCAGAAAGGAGGCUCCCAGCGUCGGCCGACCGCGUUGAAACCACGGAGAUGGCGACACCACCUCGCGCGUCGGCGGCGCGGGACUCUGCGGACUCACAGGUGAAGGUGGAGGCAGAAGACGAGACGCCCACGGGCACAUCGACAGGAGGGCAAAGCACUGGGAGAUCAAGGAAGAAGCGAGGCGUGUCUCUGGGCCCCCUGAGAAGUGCAGGGAGGCGGUCGGGGCGGAGCGGUUGGGAGGGGAAGGACGCAAGACUGCAGGUCGAGGGCGCGAAGAAACUGGAAGACCAACUGAUGCAAGACAUGCUGUAUGUUCACCUGCCGACGAUGGACGAGCUCGUGCGUUUUGAGGAGACGGCGCGGCCGCGGACUGCGAGCGCGGAGUCGCUCUUCUUCUUUUCUCAGAAGGCUGGAGAGGCGUCCGUCGCAAAGAGCGGAAAACGAAAGACGGCGGCUCCAGGUCGGAAGGCCGCGGAUGACCAGGGAGCAGGGGAGACUGGAGAAACCGCGUCUGCGGGGGAACGGGAAAGGGACCGCUCGCCGGCGGAGGGGCGGACGAGUCGCAAGACACCCCGCUGCACUUCUCGGUCGAAUGGAGCAGCGAACUCUGGCACGAAGAGCGCCAUUUCUGUCUGUGACAGCCGAGACGCUGCAGCGGAUCGAGCGCAGCCCGAGAAGGAGGACGGCGGCGCACUUGUGGUCCGGGGAGGCGGAGACCCCGAGACGGGCUCCGCGCCGUGGACGCUGGUCGCCGCCGUGGACCCAGUUGAUGUGUUUCAAGUCGAAACUCAGGCUCUGGAGGCUCGCGCAAGACGCAGGAGAGCGUUGCAUUCGAAUGCGAAGCUGGAAGCGCCCGAAUCGCAAGCUGCAUCGGCAGGCGCUGGGAAGGAUUCCAAGGCCACUCCCGCAGCGAGAGAGGCGGAAGGAGCGGAGGCGGAAGGAGCGGAGGCGGAAGAAGCGACGAAUCCGUGGACACGCUUGGCCGGCCAGCUGAGCUGGAGGUACUUUUUGACUGCUUUGAAAGACGAGGAAGAUGACAACGACGAAAAGAUUCUUCCCAUGUUCAAGAAGGUGAAGACGCGACGCCGGGCGAGUGCGGAUUCGGACGUCACGCCAACCCUUUCCUCUUUUGUAAACGAUAAGCGGGACCGGGAGAGCAUUCUGUCUAACGCUUGUUUGGACGCGGAGGCGGGAGUCUGCGCCUAA